AUGCGUUUCUUCUUAUUAAUUCUCGCCCUGAUGAUUGCUGGCUUCAUGGCUGUGCCAACUGGGCCAUACAUUGUCAGUAGAACAAACAAAAAGACCACUGGCACGAAAAUUUUGGAAAAGCUGGACGGGUACCGUUUUCAGGGUAAAGUUGAUACUUGGUCUGAAAAAAUGAGAGAAACCAUAGAAAAUGUCCUAGAGAAAAUCUCGACAUUUACUAGGAAUAAAUUCGGAAAGAAGGCUGGAUCCAUCUCAAAGCCAUCAGGAACAAAAUCUUUAACUCCUGCAGUGAGCGACGCCUCACACAGCAAUCAUACCAAGAGAUUUCUCCAGCAGGAUCCUUCUGGUUAUCGACUUGAUGGGAAAAAGACUUUUCCAUACUAUAACAAGAAGUCUAAAGGAAAUUUUCUCGUGAAUUUUUGGUGUCGGUCAGGAUUAUUGAGUUACUUGGAAGCCAAGAUUCCUAGGAAGGCUGAUUCAUCUGCAUGCACUGAUAAUUGUGUGGUGGCGUUAAAACGGAGUUCAGGUGUUCUCAAGAAAGAUACGUGGGACACGGUAUUGCGUUAUAAAUGUUGA